AGCCGGGAAGAGUCGCCAGCGCGAGCUUUCGGUGUGGCCAUUGUUUUGAAGUGUUUUUGCCGCUAAUUGUGUGCGUGCGUGGUGCGUGUUGGCCCGUUUCAUCAAUUCGCAAUCCGGAUUAUCUGCCAUCCAGAUCAACGGUGUGCACGGUGUUGUGGUGAUUAGUGCGAGGAUGCCGCAGCCAGCGCCGGCAUCGUGUGUCGUGUGCGAUGGGGUGAUCCGCUCAACGUGACUUCGUGACCACCCGAAGUGGAUCCACAAGCCUGUGGGCCCCGGCAUCUUCAGUUCUGCCUGUCGCUUAGCAGACGUCGCAACCAUGGUAGCGAGCAGAUCGGAGCGACGGAGAUCGUCCGCUCACUGGGACGAGUCGUCGGACGUCGACGACAGCGCGGUUAGCUGUUCUUCGGCCACGGACUUGCCCGGAGCGUCACCCAUGACGUCCUACUACCUCGCGUCCUCGCGGUCGUCGCCGCCUUGUUCGAGGCAGCAAAAGCAGCAACGGUUCUGGUCGAGGCGGGAGUCUUCUAGCGGCUCGGAGACGACGCCGCCUUCGUGCGACCUCCUGCGACAAAGACAACGACGGCCUCGGCGGUCCCACCACCACCAGCAAGUCUUCCCCGAAACGACGACGCGGACGGGUUCCCAGACGCGGUCUUGGACGAGGCCGACCACGCCUUGUUCCCGGUCGUCGUCGACGAGAAGGCCGAAGUGUCUGAGGUCCCUCCUACUUCUGGUUUUAUUCUUCGUUCUGCAACAACCACUUCUGGUCCUCGGCUCGGGCGUGUUCGAGCUCCGGCUGGGCUCUUUCUCGAACCCGUCGAACCGCGACUCCCAGGGGGCGUGCUGUUCGACGGGUCUGCCUCCCUCCACCGAAGGGACGCCGUGCCCGGGCAGCCCGUGCCGUGUAUCCUUCCGCGUCUGCCUCAAGCACUACCAGAAGACCGUGGACACCGACUCUCCCUGCACGUACGGCGAGCUGAGCACGCCCGUGCUCGUGCAGUCCGCAUCGGACGGCGCCAUCUUCAACGCGUCCCGGCCGCCCAUACGGUUCCCCUUCGAGUUCUCCUGGCCCGGCACUUUCUCGCUAAUCAUCGAAGCCUGGCACGAAGGACCUGCGCCUGCCGGCGGUUCGUCCCCGUCUGGUGUUCACCGGACCCUGGUGGCGCAGAUGUCGACGCAGAAGUGGCUCGACGUGGGCGACUCGUGGACGCCCGGCACGCUUCAGCGAGAGCGUGCCGCUCUGUCCUAUUCGUACCGCGUCCGUUGCCAGGAGUACUACUACGGGUCCGACUGCGCCAAGCUGUGCCGGCCGCGCGACGACAAGUUCGGCCACUACACCUGCAGCGCCUCUGGCGACGUCGUCUGCUUGCCCGGCUGGAAGGGGGACUACUGCAGUAACGCGAUCUGCCUGAAGGGUUGCAAGGAGCCCCAGGGCGACUGCGACCGUCCGAACGAGUGCAAGUGCCGCAUCGGCUGGGAGGGCCCGCUGUGCGACCGGUGCGUCCGCUACCCGGGCUGCCUCCACGGCACCUGCUCGCAACCCUGGCAGUGCAACUGCGACGAAGGCUGGGGCGGCCUCUUCUGCAACCAGGACCUCAACUACUGCACCAACAACCGGCCCUGCCGACACGGGGGCACCUGCACCAACACGGGGCAGGGAUCGUACACCUGCUCGUGCCUGCCCGGGUACGCCGGCACCGACUGCGAGCUCGUCCAGGACCCCUGCCUGGCGUCGCCCUGUCAGAACGGGGGCAUCUGCCGCGCGACGGACGCCACGGCGACCUCCGGCCCCGGCUACACGUGCAGCUGCCCUCCGGGACUCGGUGGUCGCCACUGCGAGGUUCCGCGCAGCGCCUGCGACUCGGAGCCGUGCGCCAACGGGGCCAGCUGUCGCGAGGCGCCGGACACGUCGCACGGGUACCGGUGCCUGUGCCCGGACGCGUUCGCCGGGGAGCGGUGCGAGGUGCAGAGGGACCCGUGCGAGCCGUCGCCCUGCGCCAACGGCGGCACGUGCGUGACUCUGUCGGACGGCAACGCCGGUGGCGUCGGCAACCAGCACCGGUUCCGCUGCGAGUGCCGACCGGGCUUCGAGGGACCCCUGUGCCAGACCAACAUCGACGACUGCGUCUCCAACCCGUGCCUGAACGGCGCCUCGUGCCUGGAUGGCGCCGACAGCUUCCGCUGCCUCUGCCGGCCGGGCUUUGUGGGCCGGCUGUGCGACCACGACGUGGACGACUGCCUCACCUACCCGUGCGCCAACGGGGGCCGCUGCGUGGACCUCGUGAACGACUUCGCCUGCAACUGCCCCGCGGGCUUCUCGGGCAAGGACUGCUCGGUCAACCUGGACGAGUGCGCCUCGUCGCCGUGCCUCAACGGCGGAGUUUGCGUCGACCUGGCGGGCCGGUUCGAGUGCCGCUGCCUCAACGACUUCGGCGGGGACCGCUGCGAGCACCGGCCCCCGGCGCUCGCGCCUAGGGUCGCCGUAGUGCCGCCGUCGCCCGGCAGGUCGUCGGCGAGGCGGGGCGGUGAGGACGUCGGCCGCCACGACCUCCUCACGAGGGAUAGCCGGGGCCGGAGUCCGGAAGAGGCGCUCUCGGGCGUCCAGCUGGCUCUCAUCGUGACGGCCUCGGUGGCCGUACCGCUAAUCGCCCUCGUCGCGGCGCUGCUGAUCGUGUGCCAGCGGCGACGCUGGAAGGAGCGACGCGACGCCGAGGCCGCCCGGCGCCAGAACGAACGCAACGCGGUGCAGCACCACGGCAUGAACAACAAGGGCGCCGGCGGCAAGGCUCCGCCGCCCAUGGUGGUCGUCAAUGCGCUGGUGGAGAAGCCCCUCCAGAAGAAGGCCAACGGGGACAACAACGUCGCAUCGUCGUCAACCUCGGCGCCGCCCCCGGCUGGCGUGGCCAAGGUCCUCAACGUGGAUGCGAGGGCACAGAGCAAGCUCUCGCUCGACACGGAUGCCACUCCAGAAGGAGUGUAUGCGAGCACGAGGACUCUGAACAGGCUCUAUCAAGAGCCAGGUGGUGGCAUUGAGGGUAGUGCAACGAUGGCAGUGCAGCAUGUCCUGGAUCGUGCUUCGCUGCGUGGCUCCUCGCCCAAAAGCUGUGAUUCAAGAGUGGUGGAUAGCACUGUAGUCGAAGAGGAUGACAUUGCGUCAGCCAAGGAGCAGCUGCAGCAACAGUUGCCACAGCCCCAACCAGUCACGGGCGGCAAUAAUGCGGUGUACGUGAUAGAGGACCACUAUCGGGACGAAAACCUGCUUGCGACAGAAGUGUGAGACUUCUCUAAGUGUCACACAGGUGGCACCCUACUGACAUUGUGCAUAGUGUGAUUGGCCGCGCUUCCCUGCCACUGAUGACUUUGAAAAGGCGCUGCCCCACCUCCACCACCCUUGGGCAGCUUCGGCGCAGGCCAGGUGCGGGAUGUGAUGUUACCGUGCCCAUCGUCGCCACGUGACCAUGACGUCACGAGCCGUCGUCCCCACGUGACUGACACUACGCGCCGUCAUCGUCACGUGACUGUCCACGUACCGUCUCCAAUCAUCAAUAUGGGGCGGCAUCUAUUCAAAAGUGCCACAUGUGCUGUCGUCAACACUGCCUGUGACGUUGCAAGUGACGUUUUGUGACAUCAGUGCGUGCGCAUCCUUUCCCUGUGCAGCUAGAGGAAGAAAAAAAGGUGGCGACAGAGAAAGAGGUCAUCACGUGUGGGACUAUAAAAAGAUGCGUGACGGUCUAUACCACCACCGCGACCUCACAACCAAAAUAGUCAUCCAGAGAGUUUUUUUUCUCAUUUUUUCAUUAUUAAUAUAAAUGCUUCCCAAGCGUGGAGAGUUGCUGUCUGCAGACUGAAUGCGAGAGGACUUUUGGACGUGUGUGCGGAACACUUCUUGUGAUCACGUGCCUACUACAUGUGACUGUUACGGUUCACUAGAAAUACCAGCUCACCACCUCAUCGUCAGCUACAAAAAGGGCCUUCCCAGCAUUGUCAUCACUCAUGGAUCCAAAGAGCUUGUUCUAUAUUCCCCCGUCGCCUCUGGUGCGUUUGACACACACUGCGAAGCUACAGACUUUUUAUUUCAAAAUCUGUCGGGGCGCAAUUGCAGCGGGCAGGGUGUGUGUGUGUGUCCACCGUCUGCUUUGCAUGUUCCGGUAGAGUCCUAAGAAACCGUCUGGGUAUUUUCGCCAUUUUCUUGUUUCAUGCAUUUUCCUUUUUUGUCAUGUUUACGGCUUGUUGAUUAAUUUUAUUAUUCCUUCUUUUCACACGUCUAUGACUCAGCCAAGUCCUUAGAGCUUUUUAAGCACCUAUCAGGAAAAAGGAGUGUUUAUUUUGUUUUAAUUUCUCAUAACAUUAUUUGCGCAGUGCAACAUCUCUGGAUUGAGAUAAACACACAGCUCAACCACAUGUGCAUCCUAGUUUUGAUUGCCAUUGUAUCCCUAUCAGAGGGAGACAAUACUACAAAUGUAUAAUUUGUGGCCUCUAAUUAGAUUCUUGAUAUACUUGCAAAGAUUUCAAUUCAGAUACAAGUUUAAGUGCAGUCUCUCACAGAGUGUGCCUCCUAGCCCGUCCUGAGCAUAUGCCUAUGGUUGUCUGUGCCUUUGGUCUCAAUUGUCUGGUCAUUUUCUUCUGCCCAUGUCCUUUAUAUUAUCAUUUUUUGUUGCUGUUGCCUGUUGAGCAUUGCACUUCCUUUUUCAACGUACUUGUGAUCAUAUUCUUUCAGACCAUGCUUCAAUCCCUUAAAUGUUUUGCUCUACUGUUCGUUUUUCUUUCCUAAUUUAUUAUAUUGCAUUAGAGCAGUGGCGCUUAGAGGUGUUGGAGACACGGUGUCUACGAAUAACUAUUCUUGCCCCCUGAACAGUUACAUGUGUCAGUAUCAGUAAAGGCAUUGCUGCAGCCUUUUGUAGCAGUUGCAAAAGUCUACCAGCUCUUAAACUUCUCUCGCUGCCUUCUAUAGUUGAUAGUCCUAUAGUCCUUCUAUAGUUGAUACAGUCCCCGCGCUCUUCGACCGCUGCGACCUUUAAAAAGUAAAAAAAAAAACUCGUUAUUGUAAUUGUAUUGUUUCCAGCAGCAUGUGCAUUCCGCGCCUGUUGCAGCAGUUCCAUUUUUUUUCCCUUGAUGUUCCAAGCCUCGUUUCUCAGUACCUCAUCACAGCUUGUCCCUAGCUGUUCCCCUCCUGUUCCUGUCUGUUGUCCGGUUCACAUUUUCCUGCAGUUUGUAUCGAUCACAUGAGCUCUGUGACGGCGCAACAGCGGACUGACUUGUCCAAAGGUGUUGUCCUUUGUAGCAUCCGUCCUGGCACCCCUGCCUUAUUCUGCUUCUUUCAUCUUGUACCGUUGCUGUCGACUUAUUUUUUUUUCGCUUCCUUCAGUAUUAUUGGCAUUACUGCAGCGUCAAAUCAAAGCAACGAAGAAAAAAUUGUGUGCGAAUAUUAAUAUAAAGAUGCGAUCGUGUCCACCCUGCAAGAGAUAGCUGUCAUCGUUUUCAUAUAUGAUAUGUCGGAAAGGUCUUUAAUCACAUCGCGCCUCGAACCAUCUUGCAGAAUAGAAGCUUGCCCACGGAUGCAUGUAUUCAGUCAUAUACGGUGGCUGAACUUAGGAUUAUUUCACUGUUAUUGAGCAGCACCCUGCUGUCACGUAAUAGCGUUAAUGUGAAACUUGGAAAAGCGAGGAGGUUCAUAUACUACGCAACCCCAACACUAUGUCGCCUACUUCAUGGAAAAAAAAAAGAGUUAAGGGAGUGGUUUCUUCUAGAUGAUGUUCUGUUUUUCCUCCCCUUUGUGUCUUCCUUUUUAUUUAUUUUAAAAUGAGACGUUUAAGUGCCGCUCGCGUAGCCUCCAAGUAGUGAGGUCUCGCACAGCCAAGGGCGACCGACCUGUACCACAAAUAGUAUUAAUAAUAACUGUUUAGUUGUUUGUGCUCACAUCGUUUCUUUACGCAAGGUUUACUAUCGUGGCCGCAGGGACGCUUUGUUCGGUUCGCAUGUCGAGAUCAAUGAACCGAGCUUUCUUGCUGCAGUCGUUUAGUUGGCCCAGAAACAUUUUGCGCUGACUGAUGCGUAGCGAGUAGCUUCGAGUAGCCUGCGCACUUAAGUAUGCGCGAACUUUUGAGCGCGCCAAACCGUGAUAUGCCAGACUGUACUAGCCACAUAAUAUCGUUCCCGUAGCGCUUGGCGGGAAAGGGGUGUUUCUCUCUGCAGUUACUCCUUUCUCGGUGUUUUUUUUUUUUUACACGCGUCUUUCUUUUUUCUCACUGCUAUCUGCAUCAGGUGCUUUCUCGCGGUUGUUUUCUUUCCCUACUAUGCUGGGGUUACCUCGAAAAUUCGCUUCGUCGAACUUGCAGGUAUCGAUUAAUUUAUCUCUUGGGGUGUAAAAAAUUAGUGCCGCUUUUUGCACGGUGUCCAUUCUGACUCCCUUUGGUGCAGAGGUGUACGGCUAGGCCUGCGGUGAAGCUAGCGUCCAAAGGGCGAGCGCAAGUAUUCCUUGCGUGGAUGAAGCGAACGUGGUACGAUGAGUCAAGUCUAAUGGUUUUUUAGAAGAAAAAAAAAAGAUGGCCGUUAUGUCAUUACCAGGGAGCCAUAGUCGACCGUGUAUAUGUGUGUCGUGUCUAUGUCGCAGACGAUCGUUUCUCGCACGGGUGUGAGAGUGUUUUUCUUUUGUUCCAGAUAUUAUGCAUGUGUCUGUGGAAUCGCAUUCACGUCUUUCUCUCCUUUUUUUUUAUUCUCGUUCGUGCGUAGUCGCGACGUCAUUUCCUGUGUGAGCUCUGUUUAUGGCCCCUCCCCUUGCCUCCUGUGCUAUUUCACGCGGUUGUCUCUGUACAGCGUGCCCCAACAUAAUUUAUGAAUAUCUGUAAUAUUUCAUUUUUUAAGAAUAUGCGAAGAGUCCUGUACAUAUGUAUAUUUAUGAAGUACCUUAGGUGUUACAAGAUGCAAAUGAAAAAUACCCAAUCUCCCCCUUCCCCUUUCGAACGCCUGCCAUUACCUGGCUGUACAUAUGCCUUCGACAAAGAACGAAGCGAUGAAAAGAAAGCGUGAAAAGAGAAAAACAACGCAUUCAAUAAAUGCAGAGUCGUUAUUUUUGCACUGGAAAAAAAAAA